UGGGUACCUCGGUGGUGUUUGUAGAGAUACUGCAGCGUCAACAGGUGCGAUGCACUACGUGGGCGCGAAUAGUCAGAUGGUAACAUCGGACGAGAUGCAUCACAUCCACCAGCAGCAACAGCAACAACAACAUCAGCAGCACUCGUCGCGUCAGCAGCACAUCUACACGAGUAUCCAACAUCGUCUCCAAGAGUCCGAAGCGAGUUCGCCGUGUUCCGACGAAGAGACAAAGUCGCCGCAACGUCUCCACGACCUGAGAGUGAGAUCACCAGACCCGUCCGAUGAUCGGGGAACGGUAAGAUUUCGCGACGAGGUAACGACGACGACGACGCCGCAGCAGCAGCACCAGCACAAUCAGGGUACAAAACGUUUCAAGGACGAAAUAAUCCCAGCAAAAUCACCAGCCUCACCGAACAAUCUACAACAUUCGAACAACUUCACCUCAAGUCCUCAGAGCACCCCUAACCACGUGGUCCAUAGUCACAACACCGUCGGAAAGACGUCGUUUUGCAUCGACGCGCUACUAGGCAAAGCGAUAACGACGAGUACGACGGUAGUCGAAGCGACUCACCUUGACGACCAGCAUCGUCACGUCACUGCCGAAGUCCCGACCAAAAAGGGUUUCAUGGACCAAGCCAAUCGGAGGUCCGAGUCACCCCUGACAUCCGUAGGACGUCACGACUCCAGGGACCAACAGGUAGGUCAUCCUCUCCAGGCCCUGAUUCAGCAGGACCAUCAUCACCACCAUCAUCAUCAUCACCAUCAGCAGCAGCAGCAGCAGCAGCACGUCAAGCAUCCCCAUCACCAUCAUCAUCAACCGAGGAUGCAGAGCAGUCUUCAGGUGAUGCAGUUCGGUUUGUCGGAAAGCACGGGUAGACGUCAGAGCAGCGGUGAUCGUCUUCAAGGUCAGGACAACACGGAGGACGAGGGCAGUGCCGAUAGGACCGGAAGCGCGAGUCCCGGAAGCAACGCCAGCUGCAGAAGCCACGCGUCGAGUCCCCCGAUUUCACCGGGAUCCGAAGACCCAACGGGAAACGGAACGACGACGGGUCAGCAAAACCCCGCACCGUCGCCCUACGGCGUUAAUCCGGGAUCGGUAGCCAGGCAGGGACAAGGCCUCCUCCUGCAUCCCGGAGGACCGCUUAUUCAUCCCGGAGGACUUUACUACCACCCGGCGGGAGGGAGUGCCUUUCACUCGAUACACAAGGAGGGCCAGCCCGUCGGUCAUCCGCAAUCCGGGGCGCCGCAUCCUCAGCAGCACCACAUCCACCCUCUGCAACUCGAGUGGCUCGCUAGAACCGGAAUGCUGUACCCGAGACUGCCGGCUGACCUGGUCGGUUGCGCGGCUCAGCACACUCUUCUCGGUAAAACAAGACGUCCGCGAACGGCGUUCACGUCGCAGCAACUUUUGGAACUUGAGAAACAGUUUCGUCAGAACAAAUAUCUCAGCAGACCAAAGAGAUUCGAGGUCGCGACAUCGCUUAUGCUUACGGAAACCCAGGUGAAAAUCUGGUUUCAAAAUCGUCGGAUGAAAUGGAAGAGGAGCAAAAAGGCCCAGCACGAGGCCCGAGGGAGCAACGGUGCGGCCGUUGGAAAAUCUGAGGAUAACGGAAACACGCGAAGCGGCGACCGGGAGAGCGGAAGUGACAUAAGCAUAAGCGCGGCAAGCGUCGGGGAGGAGAGCCGAAGGACCUCGCAGGAGACGCAGAGAGGGAUCACGGAAUUACACGAGACUCUUUAUCGUCCUUACGUCGUUUAAUUUCUCGACGAGUGACGAAUUGUUGUUUUUUCUUCUUUUUUUUUCUUUUUUCUUUUUCUCUCUUUGCUCUUACAUCCGUCAUUUCAACAAUUACCUUUCCUUUCUUCUUCGAUCUUAAUCAAUAGGAAAAUUCAUGAUCUUUGUAUAUAGUUCAACGUAUAUACACAGGCAUAUAAACUUGAUGUAAAUACAAUUUAGCCACAUUCGAUUUAACCGGAUUUAUAUGCAUACGAAUAAUUAAAUAAUAUGUAAAUAUAUAUAUAUAUAUAUAGGUAUGUAGAGAUGUACUUGGUGUAAAAAGUAAUAAUUACUGCAAUUAUAAUAUAAACAAUAAUAACGAUUGAUCAGGAUUCGCGAGAGAAAAAAAAAAUCCGUAAUAUCAUCACGCGCAUUGAUAUAUUAUAACAUUCAUUUAUAAAUAGAUAGACGGACGGAUGGAUAGAUAGGUAGAAGAAAAAAAAAUAUUUAUUACAUGUAUAAUAAUAUACCUAAUGUUCUAUAA